GAUCAGCCGGGCCGGUUGCUGAAAUUUAUUGUUGACCGCGCAUCGGUAUACUUCAUGAUCCAGCUCCGGGCUAGUCGCCCACACGAAUUGGCCGUGUAUGUUCUUGGGCGAAAAAGCGCGGAAGAAUUUGCGGCAGCGGCUCCGCGUUUCUGCCAGUAA